AUAACGACAUCCACUCAUGUGCUGCGGCGUCUUGGAAGGAAAACACAUUGAAAAGACCAGCACCGUUUCUCAUGUGCAUGCAUCCAUAACACGAGCGUAUCCACGACCAAGUGUGUGUUUUCAUGCCAAAUUCGCGAGUCCGAAAGCGCACACGCGAACUCGAAAACGAAGAAGGAAAGAGCACGCUCUGGAGCACAGUCAUCCCGUCGCCUAUAUUCCAUCGAUCGCAAAAGCUCCCUGUGUAGCACACGCAGUACCCGCUAUGAAGCGAUGCACCGCGAACACUUUUUCUUUUAAACUCGCUUAUAUUGAUUCAUUUUUUGUGUCAACACGGAGAAAAUAUAACAUAAGGCGGAGGGAGAAAAAAACACUGUGGCAAAUGCCUCGACCGAGUCUAGUGUAAUUUAAAGGCAUGCGAGCAAUUAGCUGGUUAUCGGAAAAUCCAACCGCGAGCACAGACCCUGAGGGGAGAGAGGCACGCUGCAAAGUAUGCGAGUGCAACUUGAGAGCUCAUCACAUGGAUCUCCUUCGACAUAGUCACACGGCUGCUCAUAAAGCCAAAAUGACAAACAUUGAUACGUCGCGUCAGCCGGUUCUUGCUAGCAUGGGAAAGAUUCAAAGUAGCUUCAUUGGAACAAAAAAAAUGGAUCUUCGUAUGGCUGUACAUAUUGCUGCACAUUCUUCCAUUCGAAGUAUUGAUCACCUUUCCGAAAUUUUGAGAACAUUGGACAAGGGAUCUUCGUUGGAAAACAUAAGCCUUCAUCGAACUAAGUGUUCAAAACUGAUAAAAAAACGUCAUAGCCCCAGCGAUGUUGACUGAGCUUAUUCGACACGUCGGAAAUCAAGGGUUUUCGUUAAUUGUCGAUGAAUCGACCUAAAUUUCGAACAAUAAAUAUCUGGCAUUCAUUAUCAGAUAUUGUAGCGAGAAAAAAGGCCGAAUUGUCAGCGAAUUCCUGAGAUUUGUCGAUGUAGAAAGAGCAACUGGUCAAAAACUUUUUGAUUCCACCGUAGAGUAUCUGAAUACAAUCGAAUUAGAUAUCAAAAAUGUUAUUGGUAUUGGAACAGAUAGGGCAAGCAACAUGUGCGGAAUUCGUAAUCCUUAUUACACGCUGUUCAAAGAAAAGGUGAAAGAGUCUUGUUUAUGGCGUUAAUUAAAAAAGAUUUUUUUUCUUCGAUAAUCUUAUUAAGCCUUUUUCCAUGUUUUUUUUAUUAUUCAUUAAUCCAUUUAAUGAUUAAAAAAAUUGUUAAAAUUUGUAUUUUGACCUUAGAUUUUUUUGCUGACUUUGUAAAUAAAUGAUAGCGUAUACAAUGGAAAAAUUUCAAGAAAUCUCGAUUAUUGAUAAAAGAGUAUUUCACAUCAUACGAAUAAAAUGUUAAGAUUGGAGAUUGAAUCGAUAAUUGCAUGGUUUCAUUAUAACGUUUU